AUGAUGGACGGGUUCAACUUCUCACGGGUCAAAACUACGAUUCAAUUUGGCUCCAUUCAAUGUAGUGAUUUAGGGUUUGAGGUCUUUAGGGUCAUGGUUGUUUGGGUUCAAGCUCGCGAUGUUAAUGGUGAAGGCCGAAAUCAAUCUCUUAACAAUAAGAACGAGUCUCCAUUGCACUUUGCCGACUCAAUCUCCUCCUCCUCCUCCAUGGAAUUUCCUAACUCUGCCAAGUUUCAAAUCCAACAUGCGCCACUUUUUGUGAUUUUAUCCAUUGCUGCUACCUUGGCACCAAACCCAGUAUUUGCAACCAAAGAAUGUGCUUUUCCUGCAAUCUUCAACUUUGGUGACUCAAACUCAGAUACAGGUGGCUUAGCUGCUUCCCUUAUAGCACCAACACCACCAUAUGGAGACACCUAUUUUCACAGACCUGCAGGAAGAUUCUCUGAUGGUCGUCUCAUAAUUGAUUUCAUAGCAAAGAGUUUUGGACUCCCUUAUAUAAGUGCAUAUCUUGAUUCUCUGGGCACCAACUUCUCACAUGGUGCAAACUUUGCAACAUCAGCAUCAACAAUAAGACUUCCACAGAGUAUUAUACCUCAGGGUGGAUUCAGUCCCUUCUAUCUUGGUGUUCAGUAUACUCAAUUCAGAGAGUUCAAGCGCAGAACACAACUCAUUAGAAAUCAAGGUGGCAUACUUGCAAGCCUGAUGCCCAAACAAGAUUAUUUUCAUAAAGCUUUGUACACAUUUGAUAUCGGUCAAAAUGAUCUUGGUGCUGGCUUUUUUGGAAAUUUAACUGUUCAACAAGUCAAUGCUACUGUACCUGAUAUAGUCAAUGCUUUCUCAGAAAAUGUUAAGGUCAUAUAUGAUCUGGGAGCAAGAUCAUUUUGGAUACACAACACAGGACCCAUUGGAUGUCUUCCUUACAUUUUGGCCAAUUUCCUCUCAGCUGAAAGGGAUCCGUAUGGUUGUGCAAAGCUAUAUAAUGAAGUAGCUCAGUAUUUCAACCACAAAUUGAAGGAAGCUGUGGUUCAACUUCGCAGAAAUCUUACUCUGGCUGCAAUCACAUAUGUUGAUAUAUAUUCUGUAAAGUACUCUCUUUUCAGCCACCCAAAGAAAUAUGGAUUUGAGCUACCACUAGUUGCUUGUUGUGGCUAUGGAGGGGAGUACAACUACAGUGGUAGUGUUGGAUGUGGAGAAAGCAUAGACGUUAAUGGAAUAGAAAUUUUUGUGGGUUCAUGUGAAAGGCAAUCAGUUAGAGUGAACUGGGAUGGGAUCCAUUACACAGAAGCAGCAAACAAAUUCAUCUCUGAUCAAAUUUCUACCGGAGCUUUCUCAGACCCACCCCUUCCUUUGAAUAUGGCAUGUCACAAAAAUUGUAUAAAAAAUUAUUGA